AUGGCGUGUGGAGGUUUUAGUGCUCUCUGGCUUGGUGGAUCUCACCCUCAGCUAGAAGAUGGAGUUGUUACUCGUGACAUUUAUGGCUCUUACUAUGACCAGGAAAGUUACUACAGAUCUGAUCCAAUCCAAGUCAAAGCUUGUCCUGGAAAUAUCAGAAAUGUCAGAUGUUACAGUCUCUCCAACCACAACUACAACAUCAAGAACCCCAACUACAGCAACAACAUCAAGAACCCCAACCACAGCAACAACAUCAAGAACACCAACCACAGCAACUACAUCAAGAACCCCAACCACAGCAACAACAGCAAGAUCACCGACCACAGCAACAAAAGCAAGAACACCAACCACAGCAACAACACCAAGAACCCCAACCACAGCAACAACACCAAGAACACCAACCACAGCAACAACACCAAGAACACCAACCACAGGAACAACACCAAGAACACCAACCACAGGAACAACAUCAAGAACACCAACUACAGCAACAACACCAACCACAGCAACAACAUCAAGAACACCAACCCUAGCAACAACAUCAAGAACACCAACCACAGCAACAACAGCAAGAUCACCGACCACAGCAACAACAGCAAGAACACCAACCACAGCAACAAUACCAAGAACACCAACCACAACAUCAAGAACACAAACCACAGCAACUACAUCAAGAACACCAACCACAGCAACAACACGAAGAACACCAACCACAGCAACAACACGAAGAACACCAACCACAGCAACAACACGAAGAACACCAACCACAGCAACAUCACGAAGAACACCAACCACAGCAACAACACGAAGAACACCAACCACAACAUCAAGAACACCAACCACAACAACAACAUCAAGAACACCAACCACAGCAACAACACGAAGAACACCAACCACAGCAACAACACGAAGAACACCAACCACAACAACAACAUCAAGAACACCAACCACAGCAACAACACGAAGAACACCAACCACAGCAACAUCACGAAGAACACCAACCACAGCAACAACACGAAGAACACCAACCACAACAACAACAUCAAGAACACCAACCACAGCAACAACACGAAGAACACCAACCACAGCAACAACACGAAGAACACCAACCACAGCAACAACACGAAGAACACCAACCACAGCAACAACACGAAGAACACCAACCACAGCAACAACACGAAGAACACCAACCACAACAUCAAGAACACAAACCACAGCAACUACAUCAAGAACACCAACCACAGCAACAACACGAAGAACACCAACCACAGCAACAACACGAAGAACACCAACCACAACAACAACAUCAAGAACACCAACCACAGCAACAACACGAAGAACACCAACCACAGCAACAACACGAAGAACACCAACCACAACAUCAAGAACACAAACCACAGCAACUACAUCAAGAACACCAACCACAGCAACAACACGAAGAACACCAACCACAGCAACAACACGAAGAACACCAACCACAGCAACAACACGAAGAACACCAACCACAGCAACAACACGAAGAACACCAACCACAGCAACAACACGAAGAACACCAACCACAACAUCAAGAACACCAACCACAACAACAACAUCAAGAACACCAACCACAACAACAACACGAAGAACACCAACCACAACAUCAAGAACACCAUCCACAGCAACACCAUCAAGAACACCAACCACAGCAACAUCAAGAACACCAACCACAGCUACAACAUCAAGAACACCAUCCAUAGCAAUCACAGUAACUGCCGAAACAACAUCAAGAACACAAUCCAUAGCAACAACAGUAUCCACAGAAACAACAUUAAGAACACCAACUACAGCAACAACAGAAACAACAGCAACACCAACCACAGCUACAUUAUCAAGAACACCAUCCAUAGCAACAACAGUAACCGCCGAAACAACAUCAAGAACACAAUCCAUAGUAACAACAGUAUCCACAGAAACAACAUUAAGAACACCAACCACAGCAACAACACCAAGAACACCAACUACAGCAACAACAGAAACAACAGCAACACUAACCACAGCUACAACACCAAGAACACCAUCCAUAGCAACAACAGUUACCACAGCAACAACAUCAAGAACACCAACUACAGCAACAACACCCAGAACACCAAUCACAGCAACAACAGAAACUACAGCAACAACAUCAAGAACACCAUCCAUAGCAACAACAGUAACCGCCGAAACAACAUUAAGAACACCAACUACAGCAACAACACCCAGAACACCAAUCACAGCAACAACAGAAACUACAGAAACAACAUCAAGAACUCCAACUACAGGAACAACAUCAAGAACACCAACCACAGCAAUGAGAGUAACCACAGCAUUAGCACCAAUAACACAAGCAAUACAAACAAGCCCACAAGACCAAAGAAGGUCUCCUCCAACAACAUAUACAUCAACAACAAUCAAUCCACUAAUGGAAACGACUGGUGCUAUGGAUCCCUGUUCUGAAAUCAGUUGCUCUGAGGAUGAACACUGUGGGGAAAAACAUGGCGUUUAUGGCUGUUUAUGUGACACACAUCAUAACGAAUCACAUUCUGACU